AACCUACAUCUCUUAAUGCCCAGCUAUCUGGUCGGUCUAUUCCGCCACCACUUCGUAUCCGAUUUAUUACUAAUGAGGGAACUUUAAGAGAUAUUGCGGGCGCAGAAGUUCGUAUAGAAAAACUGGUUUCGGAUUCAGACAUAACGAUUUUGCAAUUCCCUGAAUAUGGUGCACGUUGCGUAAAAAAAAUUGGAAAAUGCUCACCGGAUGCGUAUAUUCAAAUGGCCAUACAAUUGGCAUAUUUUCAGCUUCAUGGAAGGGUUGUUCCUACUUAUGAGACAGCGUCUACUCGACGAUUUUUGCAUGGACGUACCGAAACCAUUAGGACACUUAGUGUGGACAGCAAGGCAUUCGUGGAAGGAAUGUCAAACAAGUCUCUAAACUCACAACAAAAAUUUGAUUUACUUCAAUCUGCCACCAAGGCACACUCUUUGUAUACCCGUGAAUCUUCCGAUGGAAAAGGAUGCGAUCGUCAUAUGUUGGGACUUCGAUUGCUAUUACAAAAAGAUGAAUCGCAUCCAAUAUUCGAAGAUUCGGCAUACGCGAAAAGUCAAGAAUGGUUAUUGAGUACAAGUGGAUUAAGUACAGGAGAAUAUUUGAAUG